CUGACACUUUUCAGAUAAACAUUGGAAACAUGGCGAAAGACAAACCUGACUCAAAUGAAGAAAAUGAUGAAACUUGUAUUUUCUGUUUGAUAGCCAACGAGCAAGACAAAGAAACGCGAAUCAUUAAAAAGAACAUGGAGCUGGUGUGUUUCAGAGACAUUUGGCCUGCUGCUCCUCACCAUUACCUGGUUGUACCCAUAGAGCACAUACACAGCUGCUUCUCGCUGCACCAGGGACACAUUGACCUCGUUGAAAGGAUGGCUGAAAUGGGGAGAGCUGUCCUACACGACCGAGGGAUCACUGAUACAAACGACAUGAGGCUGGGGUUCCACCAACCUCCCUUCACUUCAGUUGAUCACCUCCACCUCCAUGUGCUUGCCCCGGCCAGUAAAAUCUGCAAGUACCUGGAGUUUAAGUUCAUUCCAAGGUCCUAUAGGUUUGUUACUGAAAGCAGUCUUCGGCAGCGUCUCAAGGGUAUAACUCCACCAGUCAAGAAGAGAGGAGCAACAAACAUGUCAGAGGAGUCUCUGGACCAGAAUGAGCUAUGUGCAGGAGGUGCUUUUUGUUUACCAUGUUUGGGCACGACAACAUCAUAAACUGUCAAGAGCAAUAUCUGGGAACUGAGUCGGUAAAUGAGAUAAUGAAGCAGGUAAAUUAAUUAGAUAUUAAAGGAAAACCAAAGGACUGAAGCGUCACUGUAGAGACAGUGACCACACUGAAUGUCUGUGUGCAGCAAACAGUCUGUGCUGAUUAACAGUUGUAUGAACUGUUUGUUGUUGGCUUAAAGCUAUAGUGCGUAACUUCUACGUGUCCUUAAAUGUCCGUUUCACCCAAGCCACUACU